CCCCACUAAAACUCUACUGACAUUCAUCUGAACUUGAUCUGCAACUAUUCUCAGAUACCGCCAGUAUAAACACUCCUUCCAACGACGCAAAUCAUAUCACGAACCUCAGGAUAUCGCUUCUUAUUUGCUACCAUGUGCAAACACAUUCUCAACGCCCAAGUUUCCGUUCGGUCGCCUUGUUGUCGAAAAUGGUUCGACUGCGUCGAAUGCCACAGCGAACAAGAGUCACACCCUCUUAAGGAAAGCUUCGAGAUGAUCUUCGCGUGCAAGAAGUGCAGAAAGUGCUUCAGAAAAGAUGUUAAGGAGUUCGAGGAGGCCGACGAGUUUUGCCCUCAUUGCGACAACCACUUUGUUAUCGACGCAAAGACCCCUCAGGCGGCCCUUUCCAUCGAGAGCGACGACGUACGAAUGGACAACAAGAUGCUCAAGGACGACAGGCAAAAGACCAAGGGACUCAGGUCCAUCUUUGACCCGACAGAGGAAGCGGAUAAGCUAGGAUAAUCCAAAACAAUAUCAGACAAGAAGAGGAAAUUUACGGCGUUCAGGAUAGAUAGCGAUUUGUCACUUCCACGGGGAUACGUUCUGAGAGA